AUGACUCAACACGGUCGUCCGCCGAAGCGCAGCGGCGCUCCUUCUUCAGACCAGCCUUCGUUGCUGCAGUCGAAGAAGCAGCAGCAGCAAGCAGCAGCAGCAGCAACAGCAGCAGCAGCAGCUGCCAGUGAGCAGGCCGAGACGGCGACUCACAGUUCCUGCCCCUCGCUUCCGUCUUCUGCUGCAGCGGGAGAGGAAGCAGCAGCAGCAGCAGCAGCAGCAGCAGCAGCAGCUCCGUUCCUUCCGGCGUGGGGCCCCAGCCAGCUGCUGCUGCUGCGGAAAGCAGCAGCAGCACUUUUUGCUGCUCAGCGGCUGACGCUGAAGGUGAUUCCCGUGGCAGCUGCCUAUACACCUGAGCUUUCCCCCAAGAGCAGGGGCAGCAGCAAGCAGCAGCAGCAGCAGCAGCAGCAGCAGCAGCAGCAGCAGGAGCCCGCGCUUGCUGCGCUGCAGCAGCAGCAGCUGCGCAACCUGCGCGAACACCUGCCCCGCCGCAUUGCGGAAAACUUGUCUUUUUGUUUGUCUGAUGUCAAUACACCUCAGAGCAGCAGAAACAGCAGCUUGCCGCUGCAGCUGCUGCCGUCUGUACACCCCACGCGGCGGGUUCCUGCUGCAGUGCUGGAGGCAGCAGCAGCAGCAGCAGCAGCAGCUGCGGAGAAGGUGCAGCAGGAGGCGGCGGAGCAGCAGCAGCAGCAGCAGGACGGCUGCGAGUCCGACGGCAGCGGCGAAGCUGCGGCCCCUGCAGCGCCGUCCCCUGCUGCUGCUGCUGCUGCUUCAGCAGCUGCUGCUGCUGCUGCUGCAGUCAUUGCGGGCCGCAGCAGCAGCAGAAAGGCCUGCAGCAGCUUGCAGCGCAGGAAGCUGCGCUCGCUCCAGGACGCCUUAAGAGAAGAGACCUUCUCAGGCUUCUGGCUGCUGCUGCUGACGGACAAGUACCGCCUGCAGCAGCAGCAGCAGCAGCAGCAGCAACAGCAGCAGCAACAGCAGCAGCAGCAGCAGCAGCAGGAGGCAGCGGCUGCGGGUGCCUCUUCAGAGUCGUGUGCGGCGCCUUCCGGCGCCGGCUCCGCAGCAGCCGCAGCAGCAGCAGCAGCCCCAGCAGCAGCAGCAGCAGCAGCAGCAGCAGCACCAGCAGCAGCAGCAGCAGCAGGGGGGCAGCUAAAAAGACUUGUGGUUUGCGGGGCUUUGGUAGAAAUCCUCGAAAAUGAAGAGCGGCAGCUGCAGGCCCUUUGGGCCUGCCCAAACCUCAGCAGCAGCAGCACGCGGCUGCUGCUGGAUGUUUUCCUGCGAGUUGCUGCAGCAGAGUCUUUUGCUGCUGCUGCUGACAGCAGCAGCAGCAGCAGCAGCAGCAGCGGCGCCGGCGGCAGCGGGGACGCUGUGAACGGCGCGAGCAGCAGCAGCAAGAAGAAACGCGACAAGAAAGGGAAGAGCAAGGAGAAGAAGCAGCAGCAGCAGCAGCAGCAGCAGCAGGAGCAGCAGCUGCUGCAGCUGGAGCCGCUGCAGCAGCAGCAGCAGCGGAAGCUCCUUUUUGCUUCCUGCAGCGACAUUUUUGACUGGCCAAGACAAGCAGCAUUUUUAAUUGCUGCUCCUCAGCUGCUGGGCUGGCAGCAGCACUGCGAGUUGGUGCUGCCGGACUCUGCUGCUGCUGCUGCUGCUGCUGCUGAUGCUUCGUCUGCAGCAGCAGCAGCAGCUGCUGCUGCUGCUGCUGCUGCUGCCAACACUGCGCACGUCGACUGCGGCUUCGGGCAGCAGUUCGCAGAGAGGUGCCCCUGCAGAGAUACGGUGCCUGCUGCUGUUGCUGCUGCUGCUGCUGCUGCUGCUGCUGGGGAGAAGGGCGCAGCAGCAGCAGCGCAGCACGAGCAGCACUACUUUUAUGCAAUAUCUGAAGGCCUGCUGCUGCAGCAAAUCCCUGCGCAGCAGCAGCGGCAGCAGCUGCUGCUGGAGCUGACGCCGCAGCAGCGGGAGCUGCUGCCGCCCGGCUGGGUGCAGCAGCAGGGCUGGCUGGACGUGCUGCAGCAGCUGGCUGCUGCUGCUGCUGCAGCACGUGCUGCUGCUGAAGUCUAUGCACACCUCCCGCUGCUGCCGCAGCUCCUCGAAGAAACCCCACACUCUAUAAUAGAAGAAGAACUUUGUGGCCUCAAUGUUGCUGCUGCGCUGUCUAUACACUCCGAGCUGCAGCAGUGCGCAGAGCCCUGA